CCGUUGGUAUAUCGUUUGAUAGAAUUUGGUGGUGCCUUCAGUUGUCUGUUUUAUAAUUGAUAAUAACUUCGAGGAGUCUGUUGUGUCUCCAGGAUGUCGUCAACGGCGAAGUUUACCUCCGACGAUCUGCUCGGUGGUGCAGAAUCUUGGGUCGAGCUGAACCCCGUCCCUGCCGACAGGGUGACUCCUUUACCGUUCAGCAGCAGCGGCGGAGGCGGCGAAGAGUACCUGCGACUUCUUCGGGAGGCUCAACGCGACUCUACACAGUCUUCGGCGAGGCAUUCUCUCGCUUCUUCACGCAGGGAUACUCCUAGGGACAGUCCGAAGAGUCCGCCAAACAGUCCAAAUACCGAAUUAUCGACCGAAGACGAAUUCAAAGGAGUUUAUAUCAACUACAGCUGCAACAAGGAUGGGGAAUUAGUGGACAAAAAUACCGACUGGAUUUACGAGUGGAGUUCUCGUCCUGACCAGGCACCACCAAAGGACUGGAAAUUCAAGCACCCUCUUGGAGUGACCAAGAGGAAAACGUACAGCAUUCGAACAGCUAAGGUUGGAAAGAAUGGACUUUUCUCCAAGGAAGUUCUGUACACACUAUUUCUCACCAAUUUUCUGUCCCUUCUAAUUGGCACCGGCUUCGGAGUCUGGCUGACUAGACGAGGACUCAUGGUGCCUCGCAUAACGAUCGAGUGAAAAUAAUGAUUGAGAAGAGGAAAAACGGUAUCGAGAACAAAGUAUGGUAAUAUUGUUAGCAAUCGGACGAAUAAAGCUGGCUAAUGGAACGCAAGAAAGACUGAUGCUGGGAGGCGGCAAUACGCCUAAACACACACAUACACGAAACUAUUAUUCGCAUGAUUAAUUACAAUUGAAAUUGCAAUUCUAAUUAAUAACUAUACAAUUUAAUUCUUAAAUAAUGGUACGACUAUGGAUUAAGUUAUGAGAUUUAUUUGAGAGGAGGAAAAGUGGCGAAAAAAAUAUUCGCUUUGUUACCUUGACUGCAAAGUGAAAGAGAAAGAAAAGAGAAGGAGAGAGAAAGAAAAAAACCUGUCCAUUUUAUACAAUUUCUAAUGCAUACAUAUGUUUCUGUCUGCGAUCGAUUAUUAUAGAUCUAGCUUGGAUAGUAUUUAUCUAUAACUUACUAAGUAUUAGGGAUUUAUAUCCCUGACACAGGGGAAACUAUACAUAUAUUCCAUGUGAGUUUGUUUGAUUGUUGUCAAAAUACUAUGAACACAAUGAUACUGAUUCAAUUUCAAGAUGCGACUGAUCUGUAUGUUGUACUUGCCAACGUUCAGAUUCAUUCAUGACAUGUCUGAUUAAUUGUGUCUAAAAAAAUUGACCACUGUGCAUGUUAUUCUCCGUUUUUAUGUAAAAUUUUUCACACAUAUGAAGGUAAGAUUUCUAGUAUUUUCUAAUACUUUUAUGAACUCAAACGUAAAAGCAGUUGAAAUCCGAAUUCGUUCUACUAUUUGUUGCAGCUAGGCCGUGUCCGUAAAAAUAAGAAAUGCAUGUGAAUGAACUCUGCACAAAACAAUUAUUUCCAACAUGUGACAACUGUUGAAUGCAACAUUUCUUGCUCAUGCCGGACUCAGUAUAGUCUUAAAAUGGUAAAUGUAUAGUUUGAUGAGAAAUCGGCUGAUAAUUACCAACUUUAAUCAGAUUAUGAUUAAUUUAAAACCGAUUGAGUACCACAACGAGCCCGAAAUUUUUCAAUUCCUGAUCUCUAAUAACGGGUCAGUGAUUUGCGAAAGAUAUCAACGGUUCCGAAAUUAUACUUACAGCUCUCCGCAAUUGGAAUUACGCUCAAACUAGUAUCAACGACAUAUUUCAAUUUAUGGUGGAACGGAAUGUUUAUUUCAUAAGAGUGAUGCCAUCUGCGUUUCAUUUCACUUCAAAUCCAGAUUUGCAAAAUAUUUUGAUAUUUUCCUCAAUCCCUCAAAUAUAUAUUUAUCUAAGUUGUAUUUAACGGUUCCAAAUAGGCGAUCUUAACAUCGCUUGAUAUAUUUGGAAUUGUCUUAACAAUGCUAUAGUUAUGUUUUUUACUUUAAAAAAUUAAAAUAUUAUUGUACAUUUA